AUGAUUCAGGCAAUAAAGUCAGCUGAGGAGAAGAAGAAACUUCAAGAGAUGAAAGAGCUAGAACAAGCCGAACUGAGGAAGAGAAGAGCAGAAUCAAGGUUAGGAACAGAGAGAACAAUAGAACCGAUGACUCAGAGCACCUCGAUGAACCAAGCGGAACCUGGCCCAAGCAUUGAAAUGUCACUGGAGAUGAAGAAAGAAGCAACCGAAAGAAAUGAAGACAAGCGAGAGAAAGCAGAAGAGGCAAGAGAAUUAGAAGACGGAGGACACGAGACUCAAGUGCCGGGCAUUCAGGAAGAAGAAGGAUCUGAAGGAUCAGAGGAAGAGGUAGAGGUAACAGUGGAGAAGAGAAAGAAAGUGAAAGGAAAGGCGAGAAGGAAAUCCUUGUCAGUUUCGUCCCUAGAUGAAGGAAGAGAAAGGGGAGGAAAGAAGGACCUCAGGUCAUUGUUGGAGACGGACCACUGUAAGUGA